AUGGCCGAGUUCAGGGUCAGGGUGUCUACAGGGGAGGCCUUUGGGGCUGGCACAUGGAAUAAAGUGUCUGUCAGCAUCGUGGGGACCCAGGGAGAGAGCCCCCGGCUGCCCCUGGACCAUCUCGGCAAGGAGUUCAACGCUGGCGCUGAGGAGGACUUCCAGGUGAUGCUCCCAGAGGAUGUGGGUCCAGUGCCGCUGCUGCGCGUGCACAAGAUGCCCCCAGCGCUGCCCUGCCUGCCCGGGCCCCUGGCUCAGGACGCCUGGUUCUGCCGCUGGUUCCAGUUGACACGGCCGCAAGGCAGCCCCUUCCUCUUCCCCUGCUACCAGUGGCUGGAGGGGGCGGGGAGCCUGGUGCUGCGGGAGGGGACAGCCAAGGUGUCCUGGGCAGACCACCACCCCCUGCUCCAGCAACAGCGCCAGGAGGAGCUGCAGGCCCGGCAGGAGAUGUACCAGUGGAAGGCUUACAACCCAGGCUGGCCUCGUUGCCUAGAUGAAAAGAGUGUGAAAGACUUGGACCGCAACAUCAAAUACUCCACAGCCAAGAAUGCCAACUUUUAUCUACAGGGUGGCUCUGCGUUUGUAGAGAUGAAGAUCAAGGGGCUGCUGGACCGCAAGGGGCCCUGGAGGAGUCUGAAUGAGAUGAAAAGGAUCUUCAACUUCCCGAAGACCCCAGCAGCUGAGUACACUUAUGAGCACUGGCAGGAGGAUGCCUUCUUCGCCUCCCAGUUCCUGAAUGGUCUCAACCCCGUCCUGAUCUGCCACUGUCACCACCUCCCAAAAAACUUCCCUGUCACUGAUGCCAUGGUGGCUUCAGUGUCGGGCCCUGGGACCAGCCUGCAGGCUGAGCUGGAGAAGGGCUCCCUGUUCUUGGUGGAUCACGGCAUCCUCUCCAACAUCCAUACCAAUGUCAUUAAUGGGAGGCCUCAGUUCUCUGCGGCCCCAAUGACCCUGCUAUACCAGCGCCCAGGCGGUGGGCCCCUGCUGCCUCUCGCCAUCCAGCUCAGCCAGAUCCCUGGCCCCAACAGCCCCAUCUUCCUGCCCAGUGAUGACAAGUGGGACUGGUUGCCGGCCAAGACCUGGGUGCGAAAUGCCGAGUUCGCCUACCACGAGGCCCUCACGCACCUGCUGCACUCGCACCUGCUGUCCGAGGUCUUCACCCUAGCCACCCUGCGCCAGCUGCCCCACUGCCACCCUCUCUUCAAGCUGCUGAUCCCACAUACGCGGUACACCCUGCACAUCAACACGCUUGCUCGGGAGCUGCUCAUUGUGCCGGGGCAGGUGGUGGACAAGUCCACAGGCCUCGGCAUUGGAGGCUUCUCUGAAUUGAUACAGAGGAGCAUGAAGCAGCUAAACUAUUCCGCCCUGUGUCUGCCUGAGGAUAUCCGGGCCCGAGGAGUUGAAGACAUCCCAGGCUACUAUUACCGUGAUGAUGGCAUGCAGAUCUGGGGUGCAAUGGAACGCUUUGUCUCUGAAAUCGUCGGUAUCUACUACCCAAGCGAUGAGUCUGUCCAAGAUGACAGAGAGCUCCAGGCCUGGGUUGGAGAGAUCUUCUCCAAGGGCUUCCUCAACCGGGAGAGCUCAGGUAUACCCUCCUCCCUGGGGACCCGGGAAGCCCUGGUGCAGUAUGUCACGAUGGUGAUAUUCACCUGCUCAGCCAGGCACUCGGCUGUCAGUGCAGGGCAGUUUGACUCCUGUGCUUGGAUGCCCAACCUGCCACCCAGCAUGCAGCUGCCACCACCCACCUCCAAAAGCCAGGCAACACCUGAGAGCUUCAUCAACACCCUCCCACCCGUCAAUGCCACAUGUGAUGUCAUCAUUACUCUCUGGUUGCUGAGCAAGGAGCCUGGAGACCGAAGGCCCCUGGGCACCUACCCAGAUGAGCACUUCAUCGAGGAGGCCCCACGGCGGAGUAUCGCCACCUUCCAGAACCGCCUGGCCCAGAUCUCAAAGGACAUCCAGGAGCGGAACCGGGGCCUGGCACUGCCCUACACCUACCUGGACCCUCCUGUCAUCGAGAACAGCGUCUCCAUCUAA